UGGCCAGGACGACCGUGUGUCCAAUGUGCACGUUCCAAUGGCCCUGUUGCACUUUGGCAGCACAUGGGGGGGGGUUGGCAUGACGCCUGUGCCGUCAGCUGCCUGGCAGAGGCAGCCCCUCGGCCUACUACUGAAGACUUUCUGCAUUGUUGCCAUUCCCGCUGGGGGUUGUCGAUAGCGGCACUGGAAGGAGUUAGCGUUGUCAACAUUAGCUGUCCGUGGAUCACUUAUCACUUGUCAAGGCUCAAAAACAUAAGGUUCUGGGUCAUCAUUUGUCCCAAGAUGGCAGGGGGAAUUCUCAGCAAUUUGGACAGCAUGUGUAAUGUGGACUGUGCCAACCUGCACCCCUUGGUGUGCCACCUGUGCCACGAGCAGUACCAGUCCCCGUGUCUGCUGGACUGCUACCACAUCUUCUGUGCCCGCUGCUUACUGGGUCGGACCAAUGACAGCCGCCUCAGCUGCCCCCUCUGCGGAUACCCAUCCGUCAUAAAAGGAAACAACAGCUUGCCACCAGAGGACCGUCUGCUCAAGUUUCUGGUGGACAACAACGCAGACACAGAAGAGCCGGUGCAGUGUGCCAACUGUGACCAGGAGAGCAACACAAAGGACACAGGUGUGAUGUUCUACUGUAACACCUGUAACCAGCCUCUGUGCUGCGCCUGCAGGGAGCUCACACACAAGGCCCGAAUGUUCUCCCACCACGACAUCGUCUCGCUGGCCAAACGCACUAAAGCCAAACACAGGAAGUGCGCUCUUCACGAGGAACCCUACAUUCUCUUCUCCACCGAGAACAAGUCCAUGCUUUGCAUCAAGUGCUUCCGAGACAUGCAAGUAGAGAGUCGCACUCACUGCAUGGACAUCGAGACGGCCUACGUGCAAGGAUGUGAGAUGUUGGACCAAGCUGUGCUGGUGGUGAAGGAGCUGCAAACGUCCACUCGGGAGGCCAUCUUUCUGCUCAGGUCCAUGAUAGGAGAAGUGUGUUUGAACGUGGAGGAGGAGGAGAGUGCCAUUUGCUCUCUGUUCAACAGUCUGCAGGAAAAACUUGCUGAGAGGAAGAGGAUUCUGUUGAAAGCUGCACAGAGCCAACACGAGGAGAAGGAGAAAGCGCUGAAGGAGCAGCUCUCGCACCUCACAUCCCUCCUGCCAACACUCCAGGUUCACCUGGUCACCUGCUCUGCCUUCCUCAGCUCUGCCAACAUGUUUGAGUUUUUGGACAUGGGCUACCAACUGAUGGAGCGACUGAAGAGGAUUGUCAAGCUGCCUCAUCGCCUUCGGCCGGUGCAAAGCAGCAAAAUCAACACGGACUACCGCAGCGAGUUUGCCCGGUGCCUGGAGUCUUUGCUGCUGAUUGGCCCGCGCUGCGCCCCUUCCGUCACCUCCAGCGUCGCCACGAGGCUGCAGUCGCCUCUCUCCAUGUCUUGCCGCUCGCUGUCUCUCAGCGAGAUGCCGCUGGGCUCGGUGUUGGGGCGGAGGCCAACGUCUCACCGCAACAUCUGCACCAAGGUCCUGCUGGCCGAGGGCCGGGAGACGCCCUUCACCAAGCACUGUAACAACUACGAGAACAGCUACAGGACUCUGCAGACAGAAAUACAGAACCUGAAGGACCAGGUCCAGGAGCUGCACAGAGAUCUGACCAAGCAUCACUCCAUUAUCAACACGGACCAAAUGGGCGAGAUCCUGGACCGAUCGCUGCACAUCGACAGCCAGAUAGCUUCCCAGUACUCCACGGUGGAGACCAUGAGGGCCAUGUUUGAAGAGAUCUGGGAGGAGACGUUUCAGAGGGUCACCAAUGAGCAGGAGAUCUACGAAGCACAGCUUCACGAUCUGAUGCAGCUGAAGCAGGAGAACUCCUACCUGACCACCAUCGCCAGGCAGAUAAGCCCUUACAUCCUGUCCAUCGCUAAGGUCAAGGAGAGACUGGAGCCCAGACUCCAGGAGCCCAAAGAGAACUGUGACGACCGCACAGAAACAAUGUUGAAGAUUUACGAAGACAGCACAAUGGCGUCAGAAAGACAAGACAGCGGCGGCAAACAGACAUGUGUGACCGACCAAGACCGAGACAAGAACACCCACCCUCUCAUGCUCUAGCCCCGCCCACAUCGCAAAAAAACAAAACAAGCUGUGGUCUGAUUGCCCCGCCCCCAUGCCGGCGUGUCACAACCUCAUGUGGACCCACUUCAUGGUCCCUGUGAAGACCUGUGGAUCUUCAGGGCCAACGAGGUAACAACAUGGAGGCCACGGCCUCUUUCACACUGCAACGUAGCAAAGGUCCCAGACAGUAUUUGAAAGUCCUGUGGUUUGGACCAGGUUCCAAAGUAGGCACUGGGUCUCACUGCACGGGAAUAGCAUCUUUACAUUGGGCUGAAUGCAAGACCGCGUCCUAAAGUUGUGUUUUUUUUUUUUGACAAGUUCCAAAUAUGUUGCAAACGGGCGACAUCAAUAAACACCACAAUCACUUUAGUAAAAAAAAAAAAGAUUUACUGGAUAUUUGUUUCAUUUUAGCGUAGAAGCAAAAGCCAAGAGACACUGUGAGACCAUCAAACAUGACUUUUAACGCCAUCACCCGGUGCAUUUUCACACUGGUAAGUUUAAAUCAAAGCCUGUUUUAUUCUGUUGCACACAUAGCGUUCAGUAGAAUGUUAGUGUUAACUAAACUAAGCUAGCUGCGGGUUACGAACAACGUACAGUAUUUGAGGAAAAAGAAAUACCUCUAUUCAUGGAUCAAUAACCGAGAAGACUUUCAAUGAUCCCCACUUUAUUGCACAGUGUAUUGAAAUCAAAUUUAGUUUGAAACCAAUAUAUAUAAUUCGACAACACCAUGUUAAAUAUUUUGUUGUCCUGGGUUGCAUUUAUGUCCAAAUAUUGUAGUUUUUUUUUAAAAGUUAUUUUGAAUCAAGCAAAAGUAAUAAUCUGUGAUUAAUGGCGAUUGAUUCCAUUUCAAAUACGUGAUUAGUGAGAUGUGUUUUUAAAUAGUUUGACUUCUCUAAGUAAAACAUAAGGAAAUGUUCCCGGUUGACAUUCUGACAAUAAAAUUGCAUUUCUAUCCAUAUUGGGGUCUUUCUUUAAAUGAAUUUAAAUUAUGAAAGCAAAAAAACGACAUGUGAUCAUAAUUAAUCCAAAUUCAAAAAUCAGAUUAAUCUGC